AUGGAGCACCUCGGGGCUCACCACCUGCACCAAGGGCAAGCCGAGCCCAUCAGCUUCGGCAUCGACCAGAUCCUCAACACGUCGGAGCCGGGCAGCUGCAUGGUGUCGCACCCGCGGCUGCAGGACUCGGCGGACUACGGGCUGGGCUGCAUCGUGGGCAGCGCCUAUAACACGGUCACGGGUGGCUACGGGGCGAGCGGCGGCGCGGCCGGCGCCUACACCGGGACAUCCUGCAGCAUGGGCGGCCUGCCCGGCUCCUACAACGUGAACAUGGCGGUGAGCAUGAACGGCAACACCUUGAGCUCGGCCGGCGGGGUGAUCCGCGUCCCGGCCCAUCGCCCCGUCACCGGCGGCGUCCACCAGCCCCUCUCCGCCGCCGUGCCCGCAGUGAACGGCAUGAACAGUCUCACAGGRCUCACCUUCCCCUGGAUGGAGAGCAACAGGCGAUACACAAAAGACAGGUUCACAGGUCACCCCUACCAGAACCGCACGCCCCCCAAGAAGAAGAAGCCGCGCACCUCCUUCACCCGCCUGCAGAUUUGCGAGCUGGAGAAGCGCUUCCAUCGGCAGAAAUACCUGGCCUCGGCCGAGCGCGCUGCCCUGGCCAAGGCCCUCAAGAUGACGGACGCCCAGGUGAAGACCUGGUUCCAGAACCGGCGCACCAAAUGGAGGAGGCAGACAGCGGAGGAGCGGGAGGCCGAGCGGCAGCAAGCAAACCGCAUCCUCAUGCAGCUACAGCAGGAAGCCUUCCAGAAAACCAUCAACCAGCCCAUCCAAGCCGACCCCAUCUGUGUCCACAACUCCUCUCUCUUUGCCCUCCAGAAUCUCCAGCCUUGGUCUGAUGACUCCACCAAGAUCACCAGUGUCACCACUGUCGCCUCUGCCUGUGAAUAAGUCUGGCACCCACUGGUGGCACGCACACCUUCUAUCGGCUGGGCUGUCCCCAGGGGAACGUGUGGCAUCCUUGGUGGGACAUGUAGCAACUCUGUUUCUCCCCAAGGAGGGCUGGAACCCCCUGAUCCUCUGGCCACAUGCGCA